AUGGCGUCGUCACGGCCGGAGACGGCGGGGGGAGCUCUAUGGAGUAAGCUGCAGGGGCAGGUGGUGCUGGUGACGGGCGCCUCCUCCGGCAUUGGCCGCGAGUUCUGCCUCGACCUGGCACGCGGGGGCUGCCGGGUCGUCGCCGCCGCUCGCCGCGCCGACCGUCUCUGCUCCCUCUGCGACGAGAUCAACGCGGCCGCUGAAGCCCCCCUGGCGGUGGCCGUCGAGCUCGACGUCGCUGCCGGCGAGUCGUUCGUCGAGGCCGCGGUGCAGAAGGCGUGGGACGCCUUCGGCCGCGUCGAUGUCUUGAUCAACAACGCAGGUGUACGAGGAGGUGUGCAUUCGGCGUUGGAUUGGCCGGAGGACGAGUGGGAUAAACUCAUGAAGACCAACCUUCGGGGAGUAUGGCUCGUGGCCAAGCAUGUGUGCAGACGCAUGCGUGAUGCCAAGCUCAAGGGUUCGGUGAUAAACAUUUCGUCUACUUCCGGUCUUGAUGGUGGGAUCACACAUGGCUCCUUGGCAUACUCAGCCUCCAAGUCUGCCGUGCACUCUGUCACAAAGCUAAUGGCUUUGGAAUUAGGAGCACAUGGCAUUAGGGUGAACACGAUUGCGCCAGGAAUCUUCAAGUCGGAGAUAACUGCUCCCUUAUUGCAAAAGAGGUGGCUGAACGAUGUCGUGUCAAAGAUUGUGCCACUUAAGAAAAUUGGUACUCCUGAUCCAGCGUUGACGUCGCUGGUUCGUUUCCUGAUCCAUGAAACUUCGUCGUAUAUAAGUGGCAACAUAUUUGUUGUAGACUCAGGCCUCGUCCUGCCUGGUGUCCCAAUAUUCUCUUCUCUGUAAUUUGAUUGCUCGACCUUCUCUCUACUGCCGGUUUGUGGUAUUCCAUCAAUUAUUGUCCUUUCUUUGUUAUUA